AUGUUAAAACUAAUAUUCAAUUUCUCAAGAGCUUUUUAAAAACCUCAAAAUCUUCUAAAUCAGAUGAAAAAGAAUCGUUUUUCCAUUAUUGAUGAUCCUAAUAUUAAUUAAAAAAAAGAUGCUUCAUAAAUUAAGGAAUAAUUAUAUUUUAAUCAAAAGAAUAAUUUACAAUAAAAUCGUCAGAAAGAAGAAGAGAAUAAAUUAGAAGAUGUUAUUGAGUAAGUGAAUUAGGAAGUUAAUUUUAAGAAAUUUUAAACAGCUUAGGAACUAUUGGAUUUCUAUGAAUCUAAACCUUUAAAAUCUAAAAAAUAAUAUUUAGAAUGGUUUAAUUAAUUGUCUUAUUGUUUAAAAUUUCAGGAAUAAAUUUAAUAAAAUAAAUUGAACUAUCAUUAAAAAUUUUCUGAUAAAUACAAAGUCCAACAAUAUCAGGAGAUGCCUAAUCAAAUUAUUUUAAAUUCAAAUUAGAUUUUAGAGAAACCAAUCUUUAACUAAGUUAUACAAGAUUUUGUAUCCAAUUGUGAUGUUAAAGAGUGGCUUAUUGUAAGAAAAUAAAUUAAGAAAGCCUUCUAAACUUAAUUUUAUCUAUUAGACUAUUAUGCGAUUUAGAGAUUAUGGGAAGAGAAUGCAUAUCCAUUACAAACUAUUUAAUAUCUUUUAUAAAUGAUCAAAGAUAUUUGUAUUUUUCAGAUUUUAUUUUAGCUUAAGGAAAGUUUGAGAAGGAUUAAGAGCCAUCAUUUUUAGAAUUAUUUGACGGUAAGUUUGAGCAAGGUUCAUCCUUGUAAAAAAUAUUGGAAUAGUUUUUAAUUGAGAAAUUAAAUAAAAUUAAUUUUCUGGAUUUGAAUAACCAAGAUUUUACAGAUUAUCUUUUUAUUUACUACUAAUAAUAAAAAUUACCAAUCCUACCUACAUUCUUAAAAGAAUUGGUUAAUAAUGUAAAGGCAAGAGUUAGCACUUUGACUUUGCUAGAAAAUGUAAAAAUUUGUCAAGCAAUGUUAGCAAUAGAGAUUGGUGACAAUUAAACCUAUUGUUAUCUUUUGUGGAAUAUCAUAAGAUUAUAAAACAGAAUAAAAUCUGAUAAAUAAAUAAUAAAUGGGAUUAUUUUCAUUUUAUUGCAUUUCAAAUAAAACAUCUUGUUUGUAAAAGCAAGUAGAAAUUAUCCAAAACCAAUUAUUGUCAAAGAUGUAAUGCUUUUUUCUGAAAUAUUUAAUUGCAUAAUUGAAGAUGUAAGUAUUUUUGAUUUUGUCCAAUUAAGUUAAUUGCUAAUGAUUUCAAAUAAGAACUUUGCACAUCUAUCUAAGAUAAAUUCAAUAAUAUUUUUUUUAUUUUAAAAGUAAGAAAUAAAUUAAAAUAAUUAAAUUGAUAAUAAAAUUGAUUUAUGUUACUAAGCUUCCUAACUUGGAGAAGCAACAAUUGAUAUUACUUAAAUUCUAAAAAAUAAAGUAUAUCAUUUGUAAUCACACUCAAAAAAAGGUAACUUUGAAAAGAAUAAAUAAACAGAAUAGAAUUAAAUUAUAGGAUUCUAUCCAUAUUAUUCGGUUUAAUUAGAAUGCAUGAUUAAGUUAAUUUGGACUAGCAUCUUGUCAGAUAGUAAAUGUUUUGAAGACAUUAAUUAUUUAAUAUUAAAGGUGAAUGAAUUGACUAGAUUGUAAACAAUAAUUAAGAUUGAUAGAGUUAUACAAAAGUUGAUUUCCUAAAUUAACUAAUAUAUUUCUCUUAUAGGAUAAUCUAACUUUCCAAAUAAGAUAGAUAUCAAAUAGAUUUUAUAAAACUCCAAUAUAAUCAGAAAAUAAGACUCUUAUGCUCAUCCUUAAAUGUUGCAUUCUAAAUUGUUUAUUAAGGAAAAAUAGUAUUUUUCUAAGAAAUAUGAAAAGGAUUUAGAAAAGGAUGUAUUUUAUGAAGAUUUGCUCAUAGAUUAUGUAUAUACUAAUAGGAAAACAGGAAAUAAAGCAAUGAUUCUAUUGAAUGGGGUAUGCAUAUUUUAAUAUUAUAAUAGUAAAAUAAUUACAAAAUUUCUGCAGUAGGUGAAAUGAUUCAAAAGAAAAUGAUAUAAUUUUAAAAUGAUCUCUUAGAAAAAUUGAAUAUUCCAAUCAUAUAGAUAAACCUUCCAGAUGUUAUUCAAUGUUAAUCUAAGUAUAGUUAUCUUAAAUAUAACUUAGGUCAUAUUAUGAAGAAUAAUUAAAAGAUAUUCUAGGAGAUGGGUCACUAGAUUAUGAAGAAAUCCCAAAUAUUAUUUAAGAUUUAAGAAAUUUAAUAAGAAAAGAUUUUAGUUACUUAUUGAUUCAUUAAUAAAACGAUGGUGAAGAUAUCAAGGAAAAAAAAGAAUUAGAGAUUGAAAUAGAUGAUAAAGAGAUGCUUUCAGAUGAGGAGAAGUGAUAAU